UUGAUGAAGGAUGGAUGAAGGAAGGUCAGAGGAAAAACACUGCGAUAGUGGAACGAUCAGAAGAGUUAAUUUAUGUUAGUCUAGUUCUCUGGUGUGGCUCCAAACAGAGCUAUUUUUCCUUUUUGUUUUGAACAUUUUAAUGAACUGAAGGUAGAACAGCAGGGGAGGAUUCACACAGCAAGGAAUCAACAGUAGGACAUUUACUUAAAAUCCAAUUUGUGAGGUCAGACCAUGAAAUCAGUAAAAAAUGGCACAGAAGAGUGAGAGAGCACCCUCCACAGACAGUGCUAAAGCUGAAGGAGUUGCUCUUAAACCCAGCCUCCGAAGGACACCAUCAUCAGAUACAUUAAAUAAAUCAAAAAGCAAGAAAUCGAAUGAAGAAGCAAUGAACAAGAUGUACACAAACCUACUCAAUAAUGUGUUUGGACAGGAGAGGGAAUUAUCCCAACCUGAAUUAGAUGAUCUGGCUGAGGCAUUCAAGGAAUUUGACUACGAUCAGGAUGGAUUUCUGAACUACAAAGACCUGGCUGAAUGCAUGAGAACAAUGGGUUAUAUGCCCACUGAGAUGGAGUUACUGGAAAUCCUUCAGCAGAUCAAGAUGAGGUUGGGUGGAUUAAUGGAUUUUGAUGAUUUCUGUGAGUUGAUGGGGCCAAGAAUGAUGGUCGAAACUGCACAUAUGCUGGGACUCAAAGAAUUAAAGUGCUCUUUUAAGCAGUUUGACACAGAUGGAGAUGGAAAGAUCACUCUGGAUGAAAUGAGGGAGGCGGUAAAAAUGUUACUUGGUGAAAAAUUAAAGAAAGGAGAGUUGGAGGAGAUUCUCAAGGAGAUGGACCUGAAUGGAGAUGGCACUGUGGACUUUGAUGAGUUUGUUAUGAUGUUGUCAGCCCAGUAGCUGUCACUAUGCAGCAUUCUAUCUUCUCUCACAAUUCACAGUCCUUUUGACAUGUGUAAUAUUUAUUUGUGAAGAAGUACAAAAAGAUUGGGACUGCAAUCUGUGACUGAAUUCACAAAAAGUCUUCUGAAGAUUUAGCCUGUUUAAAACUGCAUGAUAACUUUAAAGUUAUAGAAAGAUCAUGUUAAUUAUGCUGUUAACUCUGUUUAUGUCUGUAAGUAUGUGUAUAUGUGCUAUUGUAUUUAAAGUAUUUUAGUCCUGCUACUUCUUUAGAUUUUAUAAAUAUUAUAAUACUGGACAUAAAGUGCAGGGAAAAUAAAUAAAUAAUAAAAAGUAAAAAAAAAAAAAAAAAACCAAGUUUUACUUACUUGUUUACAUACUUGUUUGUGGGGUUUUCACCAGGGCUUUCACUACAUUCAGUAGUUACAUUCUAUGAUUUUGAGGACAUAAGCUAUACAGGUAGUGUAAAAAAAAACACAUAACACAUAAUUACCUGAGUGCUCAGGCCUAUUUGAAUAGAUUUUUUUUUUUAACUAAUAAAGUGUCACAUGUUGGAUAGAGAAGUAAAACAUACACAAAUAUAUACUGUCAUCUGUAAGACUUAAAACUCUAUUUACAUUUAUGGCAUUUGACAGACACCCUUAUCCAGAGUGACUUUCAGCUGAGUAGCUAAGAGAUGAGGGCCUUACUCAAGUGGCAGCUUAACUCGUAGUUUUCCAAUCCAAAGUCAAACAUUUUAAUCGUUGAGCUUCCACUUCCUAUAUGGUAUGUUUAAAAUGAAAACCUACAGGUUAAGCAAUCAAACAUCACAGUGACGUGUUAUUAUGCAAUUGUUGAAAAGCUAAAGUGCAAACAUAUCUUAACCAAGUGAAUAGAUAUAAAUCAAAAUGGCUAUGUUAAGGUUCCCAUAGUAAUUUUCUCCUACAGACCUGAGUAUUAUGAGUCAUUUGCCCAUCUGAUACUCCAUUUGAUUCUGCACACCAAACUACACAAAGCACCUCUUUUAUUUGAUCACAUUCUGGGGAUCAAAUAUGCUGUAAUCUACUGAAGGCUACAGAAUAAAGCAUAAUUUUUGUGUUUGUGAUUGUGUUUGUUUGAGGCUAUCAUGUCCUGCCUAACUAAAAUUUAUGAUCGUAAAUAUAUAAAUAAAAAAAAAAAAGGGGGGGGGGAGAUGC